AUGAAGCUCUCCUUCGCUGCUAUGACCGGCCUGGUUGGUGCCAUCAGCGCCUCCGCCGUGCCCUACGCCUCGCCCUCUUCGGCCACUCCCUCCUCUUCGGCCGUUCCCUCGGGCACUCCUACUCCUGGAGCUUCGCUCCCCGAGGCUUUCACUCUUGUUGCUGAGGGUGGUCUCACCGUCCUGACUGAUGGCCAGUACGCCUACUUCGGCGGUAACACCACCGACAAGGAGAUCCUCAUUCUCCACUCCGCUCCCAACGGUGCCGUCUCCUUCACUUCCCAGGACGGUGUUCCCACCGCUUUCCAGAGCCUCUACGUCGUCGACCAGGACACCGCUCCUCUGGGUCUGACCAUCCCUCACUCUGGCGCCGUGCCCACCGGUGCCAGCACCCUGAACUUCGGCGUCAACGAGCAGGGCUACUUCACUCACGACGGCAAGCCCUGGUUCGCCGUCGAGGGCUACGGCUCCAACCCCGAGAAGACCAUCUACUGGUACGGUCGUCACAGCUCCACCUACCGCGCUGCCAACCUGUGGGUGAAGGAGUGCAAGGGCUGCUAA